AAGCCUGGAAGCAGCAGUGUGCCACCACUAAGCUGGGGAGGGUCCCUGUGUGUCAAGGGUGAGGGCAACUGAUGCUGGACCCGGGGAACUCUCUGCCACAAGAUGAUGGCGGCCCUUUGGCGAGCUUCUGCUUUGCUGGUUCUGCUUCUUGCAGCUUUUCUGCCCCCUCCGAAGUGUGCCCAGGACCCAGGCAUGGUGCAUUACAUCUACCAGCGCUUUCGAGUCUUGGAGCAAGGGCUGGAAAAAUGUACCCAAACAACGAGAGCAUACAUUCGAGACUUCCAAGAGUUCUCAAAAAACAUAUCCAUGAUGCUGGGGAGAUGUCAGACCCACACCAAUGACUAUAAGAGUGCUGUGAAUACCUUGGCACUGAGAGUCGAACGUGCCCAACGGGAGAUUGACUACCUACAAUACCUUCGAGAAUCUGAUGUGUGCAUAGAAUCAGAGGACAAAACACUGGCGGAAAAGCUACUUCAAGAAGCUGAAGAGGAGAAAAAGAUUCAGACUCUGCUGAAUGCAAGCUGUGACAACAUGCUGAUGGGCAUAAAGUCUCUGAAAAUAGUGAAGAAAACAAUGGAUACACAUGGCUCUUGGAUGAAAGAUGCUAUCAGUAACUCUCCAAAGGUGUAUUUCUUAAUUGGAUCUAGAAACAACACUGUUUGGGAAUUUGCGAACAUGCGUGCAUUCAUGGAGGACAGCACCAAGCCACCUCCCCGGAAGCUAAUUCUCACACUUUCCUGGCAGGGAACAGGCCAAGUGGUCUAUGAAGGUUUUCUAUUUUUUCACAACCAAGGGACUGCUAAUGAGAUAAUAAAAUAUAAUCUGCAGAAGAGGACUGUGGAGGACCGAAUGCUGCUGCCAGGAGGAGUUGGCCGAGCACUGGUCUACCAACACUCUCCCUCAACUUACAUUGACCUAGCUGUGGAUGAGCAUGGGCUCUGGGCCAUCCACUCAGGGCCGGGCACCUAUGGCCAUUUGGUUCUCACAAAAAUUGAACCAGGCACACUGGGUGUAGAACACUCAUGGGACACUCCAUGCAGAAGCCAGGAUGCCGAAGCCUCGUUCCUUUUGUGUGGGGUUCUCUAUGUGGUCUAUAGUUCUGGUGGCCAGGGCCCUCAUCGCAUUACCUGCACCUAUGAUCCUCUGGGAACUAUCACUGAGCAGGACCUACCCAAAUUGUUCUUUCCCAGGAGGCCAAGAAGUCACUCCAUGAUCCAUUACAACCCCAGAGAUAAGCAGCUCUAUGCCUGGAAUGAAGGAAGCCAGAUCAUUUAUAAACUCCAGACGAAGAGAAAGCUGUCCUGAAAGUGACGCAUUACAGCCAGAGCACCGUGGCUGUGGCAGCUGCUCUCCAGAACACUGAGGCCACGUGGCCCCUUCACAGUACAGUAUCCCUCUAAUCACACAGGGAAAAAAGGGUCUAAAAGUGGGAGUACAUAUGCAUCCUUUCCCAGAGGCCACUGCCUUAGCUAUCUUCCAAGAGUUUAGAUGACAGUCUAUCACUGAGCAAUUUUCUACAACAUCCAUUACUUAUUCAAACCUCCUAGCUCUCCAGGCUGAUAGCAUUCUGAUUCAGCUUACGUCUAGCCUUUUCUCUUACCGAUCUCUAGCAUUCACCCCCAACUCUGCCCUCUUCCCCCAGACAUUCAGAGUUGUAUGCCACUCCUAAUACUAACUGGCUUUUCUCUCUCUUCUGGCUCUUCUCUCUCUCUCCUAUUUUUCACUGUCUGACCAAAGUACUAUUUCUUCUUAAGCUUUUGUCUCUUUUCCCCCUAUCCCUGCCUUUCCACCAAGCUGGAUGGAUGUAAUAAUACAGUAAAAACAUUAACAUUUGGAUAUUACUUUCCGGUUACAAAUUGUUACACAUCAUUUAAUUCUUCUCUCACCCUUGUGCACAAGUCUUCACAAUUGCCAUUCUAGAGAUGAGGAGAGUUUAAGUGAGUCGUUCAAAGUAACACAACUACAAAGUGAAAGAUCUAUAAAAUACUACAAAUUCCAUAGUCUUUCU